AUGGCCAAAAUCUACUUCGAAGCCGGUCGGGUUGUGGACGAUGUGCUCUCCGGCCGAUCCGGCCUGAAGGCUGCCCUCUAUGCCCAGCAGCUCUCUUCGGACCCACGGGCAGUCUGCAAGCUCUCCUCGUGUACGUUGUCAAACAAGGCAGCUAUAGCUGAAGCCCUCGAGCAUGUUGGCCUGGAUCACCAUUCUCAUGGCAUGAUGCUGGUCAUGGCCUACGAGCUACUUCUGGGACAUGGGCUGAGAGGAGGAGGAAAGCUGCGGCGAGAAUUGGAGGGCCACGCAAGGGAGUUGCAGGCGGCUUUUAAGAAGUCGAGCCAGCAUAGUGAGGUCCUUUCGGAACAGAAAGAGGCUUUCUCCUCCUUGCCGCGCUACGUCCGCGUGAACCGGCUGCAGCUGGCGGAGGACCUGGAGGUGCUGAGGAGACGUUUGGCGAAGGCCCUGAGGAGGGCCGCCGGCGCCCGAUCCGAGCAGAACAAGCAUAUGGAGGCGACUCGCGUGGAGGUGGACGCCGUGGUGCCCAACGUUUUGCGGCUGCCGGCGGCCUCGCGGAGAUGGCUCCGGGAGCUUCCGGAAGUGGAGAGCGGAGCACUGGUUUUGCAGGAUCGGAGCAGCUGCUUGUCGGCCCUGGCCGCAGGUUUGGUCCCUGGCAGCUUCGUUCUGGACUCGUGUGCAGCCCCUGGUAGCAAGACGGCUCAUGCCAUCGAGCUGCUUCAGGCACGUGGGCGCCUGGCUGCUUUCGAGAGGGAUCCCAAGCGGGCGGCAGCCCUCCUGCAGCGCCUGCAGCUCUUGGUUGGCUUUACAGAGACUCCCAAGCGUAAGGCUAAGGGAAGACAUGAACCGGAAGCGAAGAGCGAUUUCUCGGUCUUGAAAUGGGGGUCGCAGAUACGAGGGCGUUGCUGGGCUCGUGCCGGUGCUGGUGCUGCUGCCACUGGGGCGGAGGGAGUCGAGGUAGCUGUGCAUGUCGGCGAUUUCCUCGACACAAAUCCAGCGCGCCCCCCAUGGAAUCAGGUCGAUGUUCUAAUUGUUGAUCCGAGCUGUUCUGGCUCGGGCCUGCCGGAGCACCACUUGAUCGAUGCGACUGCCGAAACUGGGACAUCUCGGAGAGUGCAGCGUCUGGCUGCCUUCCAGAAGCGCAUCCUGUCGCACGCGCUCAGCUUCCCCAAAGCGAAGACAGUCGUUUACUCCACCUGCUCCACGCAUCGACUGGAGAAUGAGGACGUCGUCGAGGAGGUGUUGUGCCGCUACCCCGGCUUUGAGGUGGUGGAGGCACUUCCCUGGUGGCAAAACGCGCCUCUCAAGCCUGCGACAGGCAAGCCCUUCCCCAGCUGGGCCAAGAAUUGCUUAAGGUCGGAUCCUGUCACCCACAAGUGUCGAGGGUUCUUCCUGUGCCGACUGGACCGACUCGAGCAUCUCGCACAUGGCCCUGGCGAUGCCGAUCCUCCGCCCGAGCCAAGCCGCAGGAAGCGCAAGAGGCGCCUCGCGACAUCGGCUCCGAGACCGGAGGAGAUCCAAGUCGCCAGCAAAGACAAAGACAAGGCCUUCCUGGCGGCGCCGAAGGCGAAGAAGGGAUCCGGCUUGCGGAUCCUCCGCCGCCUAGCGAAAACUCUUUGGGCUUAG